AAUUACGCAUGUCAAAGUCAAUAGUGUCAAAUUCGAAAGAUACACGUUCUGCAAUGGGUGACACUGCGGCUGAAGAUAUCCAAAAACUUAACAUUGACGCCAAGUCAAAGACCAAAGCCAUGAAAGAAAAAAAGAAAAAAACAGAUGACAAACCGUCAGGCGGAGUGGCAGAGUUGAAUCCAUGGCCAGAAUACAUCCAGAAACGUAUCACGCUGUGGGAUAAAUACAAGACGCAGUAUGCAGAAGAAUUAGCAAACAAGCCAGAUUUGAGUAUUGUAGUUACGUUACCGGACGGAAAGACCGUAGAAGCGAAAGCCUGGAAAACUACUCCUUACGAUGUUGCUAAAGGCAUCAGCCAGGGUUUGGCAGACUCCACCAUCGUGGCAAGAGUCAACAACGAGCUGUGGGAUAUGGACAGGCCGUUAGAAGGUGACUGCAAGUUGGAACUGCUCCGGUGGGACAACACUGAUGCCCAAGCCGUCUUCUGGCAUUCCUCAGCACAUAUGCUAGGAGAAGCUAUGGAAAGGGUAUAUGGCGGUUGCUUAUGCUACGGGCCGCCUAUUGAAGAAGGAUUCUACUACGACAUGUAUUAUCCUGAGAAAGGUAUCUCAUCUACAGACUUCCACGUCCUAGAAGGCUUAGUCAAGAAGAUAGCAAAAGAAAAACAGCCUUUCGAACGCCUAGAGCUGACUAAAGAACAAUUACUAGAAAUGUUUGACUACAAUCCUUUCAAAGUGCGCAUUCUGAACGAGAAAGUGAACACCCCCACCACCACUGUGUACCGUUGUGGACCACUUAUCGACUUGUGCAGGGGACCUCAUGUACGACAUACUGGGAAGGUCAAGGCUGUGAAGGUUACGAAGAAUUCAGCCACAUACUGGGAAGGCAAGGCCGAUGCGGAAAGCCUCCAACGUAUCUACGGCGUCUCGUUCCCCGAGCCCAAACAGCUGAAGGAGUGGGAGAUCAUACAGGAAGAGGCCGCCAAGAGAGACCACAGGAAGAUCGGCAAGGAACAAGAGCUAUUCUUCUUCCACGAGCUAUCUCCCGGCUCCUGCUUCUUCCAGCCGCGCGGCGCACACAUUUACAACACUCUCGUCAACUUUAUAAGGGACCAGUACAGACUACGCGGCUUCCAGGAGGUAGUGACCCCUAACAUGUACAACUCGAAGUUGUGGCAGACGUCAGGCCACUGGGCGCAUUACGCUGAGAACAUGUUCUCCUUCGACGUCGAGAAGGAAACCUUCGCUUUGAAGCCUAUGAACUGUCCGGGGCAUUGCCUGCUGUUCGACAACCGCAUCCGCUCGUGGCGCGAGCUGCCGCUGCGGCUGGCGGACUUCGGCGUGCUGCACCGCAACGAGCUGAGCGGCGCGCUGACGGGGCUGACGCGCGUGCGCCGCUUCCAGCAGGACGACGCGCACAUCUUCUGCACGCCCGCGCACAUCGAGCAGGAAAUGCUGUCAUGCCUAGAGUUCCUGAACCACGUCUACACGACCUUCGGAUUCACAUUCCAACUGAAGCUCUCCACGCGACCGGAGAAGUACCUCGGAGAUCUCGCCACUUGGGACCAGGCUGAAAAGGCUUUAGAAGACUCCCUGAACAAGUUCGGUCGUCCGUGGCAGCUGAACCCCGGCGACGGCGCGUUCUACGGCCCCAAGAUAGACAUCACCAUACAGGACGCGCUGCGCCGCUCCCACCAGUGUGCCACCAUACAGCUGGACUUCCAGCUGCCUGAGAGGUUCAACCUCACCUAUGUCAGUGAGAGUGGUGACAAAAAGCGUCCAGUGAUAAUACACCGCGCGAUCCUGGGCUCAGUAGAGCGCAUGGUGGCCAUCCUCAGCGAGUCGUACGCCGGCAAGUGGCCCUUCUGGCUCAGCCCGCGACAGGUCUGCGUCGUGCCAGUCGGACCUGCCUACGAUGAUUAUGCUGUGCAGGUGAACGAGCAGCUGUUCGCGGCGGGCUUCAUGUCUGAGGCCGACACGGACGCGGGCGACACCCUCAACAAGAAGGUCCGAAACGCACAACUCGCACAGUUCAACUACAUCCUAGUUGUCGGCGAACGCGAGAAAACAUCAGGCACGGUGAACAUUCGCACGCGAGACAACAAAGUCCACGGCGAGAUGUCCGUACAAGGUCUGAUCGACCACCUCAACACGUUGGUCAAGGAGAAGACGUUGUCAGAAGAUAGUGAACUGCUUAAGUAGACUAAAAGACUAGGAGACCAAGGUACAAUCGGCAAUGAAAGUUAAUUCACUUAAUUAGAUUUCUAAAAUAUCUAUACGGGUUCUUUUGCAACAGUCAGACAUUUUUUUUUGUCAAAUGAUCUUAAUUGGUAUUGAGAUCGAUCUACGCGAAGUAACAGUGUUUUUUAUCAUUUUUGUUUUGGUUUUUACCUUAGUUACAAUACCAAACGCGUGGACAGUUAACACGAGUAGUUCAUUUACCUUGCGGUGGAAUAAAAAUUUAUUGCAGUGUGUGUAUGAAAACUUAAACGUAGGUAUGUCGGUUUUCAUUCAGUUACCUGCACAGCUCCCGCACGAGUAAUGUCAGCGCCCAUCGUGACAUUUCGUCUAAACACGCCAAAGUAAUUACUUAUUUCUUUGAAUAUUUAAUGUUAUUUGAUACAAAAUUCCUCUUUCAUCCAUAUGUUACGGUUCGCGAACAUUUAAAUCACAUUCACAAAUAUUGUGAAAGUCCAUUAUUGUGAAAGCUAUUUAGUAAAUCUAAUUAUGAUCAAGUUUCGUUGCUGACUGUUAUGAAGCAUUACCUGUUUGGUUCAAGUAAGUUUGAGAACUUGAAACUUGAAUAUAAACCUUAUGGAUAAUGUUUACGUAUGUGGUCUUAAGUUAGGAUAGGUUCGACUUUUCAAUCGUUCAAGGCAUUUUUCUUAGGCCGACUUCACUGGUUGGGCCCAACGCAAACAAUUAUUGGACCCAAUGUUGGCAAGCAUUGGAAGUUGGACAGUGCGGAAUUUGUUUUGUUGUGUAAUUCGGCCAAUGUCGGAUCCAACGAGUGGAGCCCGUAUUACAUUCAAUAUAAAGACGUUAAUCCGAAUUUCGAAUUAAUUUAAUUCGUGAUUUUUCUUUUGUUUGUGUUGUCGAUAUUAUUUAUUUUUAUCGACGCUUUUGAUAUUUGCAUUUAUGAUAUUAUUGUAUGAGAAGUAUAUAACAUGUAUGUUUAGAAGCAAAAGAGUUAAAACCAACAAAACCCCUAUGAGAAUUCGGUUAAUGUGAAGUUAAGCAAAGAAAAGAGAUAGUACUAUCAAUCUAUAUAGCUUGAUCUCUUUCAUUCGAACAAUUUAAUGACUUUAUUUUGCUUUAAAUAAGCAGAAUGUUUAUUUUUCCGGUGUCCGCCUCACUACGAACGAUUAAAAUAUCGAACUUGGAGAACAAAAUGGAAGGUAUAAAAGUAUUUUAAAACCAGUGUUUGAUAUUGUCUAAAAUGUUUCAAUUAUUUAUUUAGAAAGAGAUUCGUUGAAUCUCUGUUAAUUCGAAUAGUGAUAAGUCACGGAAUUAUGAUUUUAAUUUGCGGCAUUUUACGUGUUAUUGCUGGGCAAACAUUGUGAGACAAAAUCACAAUUAGAUGAAUAUGUUUAGGGCAUUUAAUUUUCUGGAUUUAGUUACAAACUCCACUAUUUGCUCAAAUUCUUAGGAUGAAUUUCUUGUGAACUACCCACACAUUUUUUCCAUUAGCCCAGCCGUUAGAUUUUUACUUUUUUUAUUUAAAUUAAACACUUUAGUUUGUUAAAAUUGCCUAAUAGUAUUUAGGGAUCAAACUUGUCUGUCUUUUCUCGUAGUAAUUUAUUUGAAGUAGUCCACUUAAGCUUGUUAGCAUUUCUUGACAGAUGAGAAUUACUGAGGCUGCAAAAUUAUAAUAAUCUCAAUUUUAGAAUGUUCCGAUACAAUUAUCACGAUGACCAUUUUGCUUUCGACCCUUUGAACACAAGAUUACAAGUGCGACCUGUAAACUGAAGCUCUAUUAGCCCAUAAUCCGCUACAUGCGUUUAUACUGUCAAAUUAAAUGUACCUACAUUUAAAUACUUAUACAUAUUAUAAGUUCUAAGGAUUCUUUCAACAAAAUUAAUGUUUGUAGACUAUGUUUGCAGCCUCAGCCAAUGUAAUAAACGGUUUAGGUUUACGAAUAAGCAUUUAUAAUGUUUUAAACCUGUUGUGUUAUAAAUAAAUUUAUAACUACUA